AUGGCGCAGUCUCUAUUUGCGAAAGUGUUACCCUCGCCACUCGCGUCGCGAGCGUCGUUAAAAUCUUCCACUCGGAACCAUAGUGUAGUUCGUAACAAACUUAACUGCGUGGCGUUUCCACGUCAGAUCUACGUCACCAGGCGGAUGACAGGAGGACGCUCGGUGGUGAUGACCGCCACGGAUCCGAGCCACGUGGCGCGCGGAGAGCCUACCACGAAGGAAAAGCCAGCUCAGCCGUUCGCGGAGAAGGAGGGUGUGAUUGAAGGGAAGGCUGUUCUAGCGAAGCCAUCGCAGCUGCCACCAGAGCCUCCUAAUAGACUCACGGAGCUCUAUGAUAAGGAGGGGCAGUCCCCCUGGAUUGACAACCUGACGCGUGACUGGGUGGCAUCGGGUCAUUUAAGGGAGUUGGUCCGACGUGGCGUUAGAGGCAUCACCAGCAACCCUACUAUUUUUGAGAAGGCGAUUAGUGGGACAGACGUGUACGACCAGCAGCUCCGGAACAUUCUGUUCCGUGAGGGGGUGCUGCUGGGCGGAGGGAUGGCGGAGAGCCAUGGGGAGGUGGAGAUGGGGGUGGUGGAGGCCGCUUAUUGGGAGAUGGUGAAACAAGAUAUUGGCAUUGCUGCUGCUUCGUUAGAAGAGCUGUUCCGUGAAUCUAAUGGUGGCGAUGGGUUCGUCUCUCUUGAGGUCUCGCCGAGGCUAGCCUACGAUACACCAGGUUCGGUGUCGCUUGCUCGGGAGCUCCACGGUGACCUGGCUCGGCCGAACCUGAUGGUCAAGAUCCCUGCCACCGAGCCUGGUGUGGCAGCAAUUCGAGAGAUGAUUUCCCGCAUGAAGAACAUUAAUGCCACUCUUAUCUUCUCUCUGACGCGCUACAGUGAGGUCAUGGAGGCUUACGUGGCAGGCCUGGAGGACGCCGUGGCAGCUGCCAACGCGGCGUCUGAGCUGUCAGCAGCCGCGUCUGACUCAGCAGCAGGCGCGCUGCCACGUGUCAACCUCUCCUCGGUCUCCUCCGUGGCUUCGUUCUUUGUCUCUCGCGUCGACAGUGCCGUGGACAAACGUCUCCAGGCCAUUGGAACGGAGGAGGCGCGGGCUCUGCUGGGAAAGGCAGCAGUGGCACAGGCCGUGGUGGCAUAUGACAUGUUCAAGACCAAGUUCAGCGGUCCCAGGUGGAAGGCUCUUGAGCAACUGGGAGCACGGGUGCAGCGGCCACUGUGGGCGUCGACAGGCGUGAAAGAUCCAUCGUAUCCAGAUACAAAGUACAUCGACGCUCUGAUUGGUCCGCACUCUGUCAACACCAUGCCUGACGCCACCCUGCUUGCCUUUGCCGACCAUGGGGAGGUGAGGCGCACUGUAGAUGCUGAUGUGGAUGCUGCCUAUGGUGUGCUGGAUCGUCUGAAGGCUGUGGGAGUCGAUAUGGAGGAAGUUGCCAAGGAGCUGGAGGCCGAUGGUGUUGACAAAUUUGCAAAAUCGUUUGAUGGCCUGCUUGCUGCUCUUCAGCGCAAGGCCACCAUGAUACGUGUUCGUACUAACAAGCGUGGCGGCAUGGCGUGUCCACCUCAGCUCCACGUCAGCAGGCAGAUGACAGGUGGACGUUCGGUGGUGAUGACUGCCAUGGAUCCGAGCCACGUGGCGCCCGGUGUGAUUGGAGGGAAGGUCGUUCUAGCGAAGCCAUCGCUGCUGCCACCGGAGGCUCCUAACAAGCUUACGGAGCUCUAUGACAAGGAGGGACAGUCCCCCUGGAUUGACAACCUGACGCGUGACUGGGUGGCAUCGGGCCAUCUCAAGGAGCUGAUCCGACGUGGCGUGAGAGGCAUCACCAGCAACCCUACGAUCUUUGAAAAGGCGAUUAGCGGGACGGACGUGUACGAUCAGCAGCUUCGGGACAUUUUGUUCCGUGAGAGCGUGCCGCUGGGGGGAGGGAUGGCGGAGAGCCAUGGGGAGGUGGAUAUGGGGGUGGUGGAGGCUGCGUAUUGGGAGAUGGUGAAACAAGAUAUCAGCACCGCUGCUGCUUCGUUAGAAGAACUAUUUCACGCUUCUAAUGGUGACGAUGGGUUCGUCUCCCUUGAAGUCUCGCCGAAGCUAGCCUACGACGCGCCAGGUACGGUGUCCCUGGCUCGGGAGCUCCAUGCCGACCUGGCUCGGCCGAACCUGAUGGUCAAGAUUCCUGCCACCGAGCCUGGCGUGGCUGCCAUUCGCGAGAUGAUCUCCCGCAUGAAGAAUAUAAACGCCACUCUCAUUUUCUCUCUGACGCGCUACGGUGAGGUGAUGGAGGCUUACGUGGCAGGCCUGGAGGACGCCGUGGCAGCUGCCAACGUGACAGCUGACGCCCUGCCACGUGUCAACCUCUCCUCUGUUGCCUCCGUGGCUUCGUUCUUCAUAUCUCGCGUCGACAGUGCUGUUGACAAGCGUCUCAAGGCCAUCGGCACAGAGGAAGCAUUGGCUCUGCUGGGGAAGGCAGCAGUGGCACAGGCGUUGGUGGCAUAUGACAUGUUCAAGACCAAGUUCAGCGGUCCCAGGUGGGAGGUUCUGGAGCUGCUGGGGGCGCGGGUGCAGCGGCCGUUGUGGGCGUCAACGGGAGUGAAAGAUCCUUCGUAUCCGGACACAAUUUACAUAGACGCUCUGAUUGGUCCACACUCUGUCAACACCAUCCCUGACGCCACCCUUCUUGCCUUUGCAGACCAUGGGGAGGUGAAACGCACUGUAGAUGCUGACGUGGAUGCUGCCUAUGCUAUGCUGGAUCGCCUCAAGGCUGUUGGAGUGGACAUGGAGGAAGUUGCCCAGGAGCUGGAGGCUGAUGGUGUUGACAAGUUCGCAAAAUCAUUUGACGACCUGCUUGCUGCUCUUCAGCGCAAGGCCACCAUGAUACGUGGCGGAAGCAUCAACUAG